AUGCUACCUCCUGUGCCCUCGCUGGCAGCCUACGGCAUCUCGCCCGAACAAGGCUUUCUCUCGCCAGAGCCGCCACUAGAGUGCUUGCCAGACCUCUAUUACGCGAAAUGGGAGGCUGUCGUUGCGAACUUGCAGCCGCUGCUGCUGAGCAAGCGCAUUCGACCAGUCGUGGAUCGACUGCCUAUUCUCUCUACAGAGCAUUUGCACACAGAUGCCGAGUGGCGUCGAGCCUAUGUCGUUCUGGUGUUUAUGCUACACAGCUAUGUCUGGGGUGGAGAUCGCCCAGCCGAGAGGAUCCCUCCACAGUUGACGGUCCCCUUGUUCGAAGUCUGUGAACGGUUAGAAGUGCCUCCAGUAGCAACCUAUGCCGGGGUCUGCCUCUGGAACUACAAGCCGGUCUUCCCGGAUGAACCCGCCGAUAAUCUCAGCAACCUGGCAUCCUUGCAGACCUUCACCGGCUCCCUGGAUGAACAAUGGUUCUAUCUGGUCUCCGUAGCCAUCGAGGCUCGGGGUGCGCCGUCAAUCCCUCUCAUGCUACAAGCCAUUACCGCAGCCCGAGUGGGCAAGUCCCGCGUGGUGACGGAAUGUCUGCAGCGACUCGCGGAAAUCCUGGAUGAGAUUACCUCGCUGCUACAGCGGAUGUAUGAAAACUGCGACCCAUAUGUUUUCUACAAUCGUAUUCGACCCUACCUGGCGGGCAGCAAGAACAUGGGUGAUGCCGGGCUCCCACGGGGACUGCUAUACGACGAUGGCCGCAACCCACCCGAAUACCGGCAAUACGGCGGCGGCAGCAACGCGCAAAGCUCAAUCAUCCAGUUCUUCGACAUUGUGCUCGGCGUGGAGCAUCGCCCUACCGGCGUGACCCGUCAAGACCAGAAUACCGCCCCAUCAACCGAAGACGCCCCCAAGUCCCGCCAUGGAUUCAUCCACGAGAUGCGCGCUUACAUGCCCGGUCCACAUCGACGAUUCCUCGAGGACGUCGAUUCCAUCGCCAACAUCCGUUCUUUCGUCGAAGCGCGACGCAGCGACCCCGCCCUACGACUCGCUUAUGACGCCUGUCUCUCUAUGCUGCGCAAUAUGCGCGACAAGCAUAUUCAAAUCGUCUCUCGGUACAUUAUUGUCCAGUCUCGCGGGGCCCGUCGUGCCUCGCAGUCUGGUCAACCCCCGCCAGCGAUGAACCUUGCCACGGUGGUACCCACCGAUGGCAAAAAGCUUCGCGGAACUGGUGGCACAGCACUCAUCCCGUUCCUCAAGCAGGCCCGAGAUGAGACCGGUGAACCUACCAUUGACGCUUGGGCUCGACGGUUGCUCAGUAAUAGCCCGGGCGUUAUUGACUCUGCCUCGUUGAGCAAGGUUGGCGAGCAGCCCGACGGUCAUUUGGAAGUUGUUGGUCUUUGCGGGACAUGGACAGCCGAUGACAGCGAAGGGGGGAUCUGUCACUGGUGA